UUCAAACUGCUGAACACACAUCACAAGAACAGAUAUUUACUUAUUCAUUCAUCUUUAUUCUUUACUUUCGGCGUUAGUUUGAUUUUCCAUUGACUGGGAGAGAAUCACAGACGCGGUUUUAAAAAGGAGAAUUCAAAUCCACCGAAAUCGGUUCUGACAGAAUUUGCUAUAAACGCACCAGAAGCGCACGUGGGGCGGCCAGCAGUAACCAUUUGAAGCAAGACUUUCGUCGCGAGCGUGCGAGUGAACUGAAACACAGGAAGGAGUGUGAAAACGGAUGUAAGACAAUGACCCAUGCUGUGAAAGCGAGCAGACACGGCUUCUUUUAUUUCCUCGACUUUCAUUUAACAUUUUAGCGACACAUGAGACCCGCGCGGUAGCUCGGUUUUGGAUUACUUUUGUGCGCUUUUCGCCGCAGUCCGACUCUUGUUUACAGUGAGUGGAUUAAGUGUGUGGAGGAAACAUGGGGACCCAGGGCACAGGACGGAAAAGAUCCACCAAGAAGGAGAGGUCGACGGCAGAGGACGAUGCCCUGAACCUCAUAGCGAGAGAGGCUGAAGCCAGGCUGGCAGCGAAGAGGGCCGCCCGGGCCGAGGCCAGAGAGAUCCGCAUGAAGGAGCUGGAGAGACAACAGAAAGAGCUCUCUGACGAAGAUGAGCGGAUGUCAGUGGGAAGCCGGGGCAGUGUCAGGGUGGAGGACAGAGAUUAUCUGGAGAAGGGAUCUCGAGCAGCUUCUGCCUUAACUGCAGGGACCCUCACCUCGUUAGGCGGAUCGUCCUCGCGGAGAGGCAGCGGGGAGACGGCCAUUACUGUCGAUGCAGAGACGUCUUUACGAGAAAUCAAGGAGAUUCAUGAACUGAAGGAUCAGAUACAGGAUGUGGAAACCAAGUACACGCAGAACCUUAAAGAAGUCAAGGACACGUUAGCAGAAGUGGAGGAGAAGUACCGUAAGGCUAUGGUAUCUAAUGCCCAGCUGGAUAAUGAGAAAAACAACCUGAUGUACCAGGUGGACACGCUCAAGGACUCACUCAUGGAGCUCGAGGAACUGCUUUCAGAGUCACGCCGGGGAUAUGAUGAAAAAGUCAAGGACUUUGAGCGAGAGAAACAUGCCCACUCUGUGCUUCAGUUCCAGUUCAAUGAAAUGAAAGAGACCCUAAAACAGAGUGAAGAGUUGCUAAACGAGAUCCGUCAGCUGCGUAUGAAACAGGAGGGUUUUGUUAGAGAAAUAUCUGACCUGCAGGAGACCGUGGAAUGGAAGGAUAAAAAAAUUGGGGCCUUAGAGCGACAGAAAGAGUACACAGACGCAAUCCGCAUCGAGCGAGAUGAGCUCAGAGAAGAGGUGGUCACGCUGAAAGACAUUUUAAAGAAACAUGGAAUAGUAUUGGGACCUGAUCUAAACAUAAAUGGUGACAUCGGUGAGACACAAGUCGAUGGCUCCCCCAGUGAAGAUCCCUCUUCCCCAUCGGCUCAGGAUUCACAGACACCGGCGGAGGGGAACAGCAUGCUUGGCAACACAAAGGAGACUCAGUUGAGAACUAGAGGAGAUGAAGAUGUGGAUCUGGAGCAGCAUCAAGACAUGUUUGAAGAAGUGAAAGUGAAUCCUUUGGGCUCCGAUACAGUCUGUAAUACUGCUCAAGAAAGUGUCUGCAGCAAGAGAGACAUAAAAGUCAAAGAAUCUAAAACAGCAGUGGUUGGAGAUAUGGCAAAGACAAGUAACCAAGUGACAGACAACACUCAAGAUAAGCAAAAAAACAAUGUUGAGGAAUGCAAUUUGACUAAUACAGAAUCGUGUCCUCAGCAAAAAGUCACACAAGAUGUUACAAAAGAAAAUUGUCCCGAUGAGUCCGUCCCAUCUCUACCAAACUCUGAACCUCAACAAGAGCAGGAUGACACCAAGAAGGUUGAUAAUGAUGAAGAAGAGGAAAUGCCAAGUCAGGCUCAGGGCGCUGCUGCUUCAGGAAAGAAAAAGAAAAAGAAGAGGAAAGGCAAAAAAAAAGUUGGAAACAAUGAGGAUAACAACCAACCAAAGGAAAAGGGCAAAACAGAAAAAGGAAUGCAACCGGCUACAAAAGAUAAUGGACCAAUCAAUGCCAGGUUCUGCUGUUGGCCCGUCACUGAAACCCUCAAGGAAUUAAAGGGGAAUCAAGUGAAGAAUAAGCAGGACAAGCAAAAACAGAAAGAUGUAGCUGGAGGAGUACAAGUGGUAAAACCCGUUGAAGCCGUACACAGUAAUGACAUUUCAAAAGAAUCCCAAAUGGAUCCAGUUACAGAUGAACACUGCAAGGAACAAACUUUGGAAACAGAAAAGUUGAAAGAAGUCGAAGCAUUGGCGUCUUGUGGAUCCAUUGAAGCCCCACAGGGGUUUAGCGAUCGUGUUAGUGAUGAAAAGAACGAGCAAGACAGCUUGGAAACUGAAACAACAAAAACAGUACCGGUUACAGCAACCACUGAGACCUUUCCUCAUGCUGAUAUUCUUAAGGAAACUGAAGCAGACUCUGGAAAGGAAUCUGAAACAGACCCAGAAAAAGAAUCUGAAACAGAUCCCGAAAAGAAUGAGCAAGGUGAGGAACAGAAAUUGGAAGAGAAGGUGGAAGAAAUGCGAUCUAGAACAAGCCCUGUUCCAGAAAGCAAUCUCAGUACUCCUGAUACAGGGGAAAUCUCCAGUGAUGCUGAAAUCACUGAGGAUGAUGCCAAGGAUUGUACUUCCAGUGUAGAAAACAGUGAAAUGCUAAAUGUUACAGAAACAGAGAACAUAGAAGAAGUGAAAGAAAUUGAUACUGGUGAAACCAUUGAAGCUAGAGCGGAUCAUGAUACAGAUGAAAAGAACAAGGAUCAAAAUUUGGACUCUGAAAUGGUAAACCCAGUAGAGGCAGUGGCAGCCAUUGAAACCUUCUCUCAUGAAGAAUAUCCAUCUAAGGAAUCCAGAAGAGAUUCAAUCAAGGAUGAAGAUGACAUGGAACAAGCUUUGGAAACAUCCGAAGUAGAAGAAGAAUCUACAUUUAAUCCGGGGUCAGAAACCAGUUUCAGUACGUCUGAUCUUGAAGACUCCAUAAACGCAGAGAGCAUUGAGUAUCCUGCCAAGAGGUGUACUUCAAGCGAAGGCAACAGUGAUAUAGAGAUCUCCACUAACAGCAGCGUCAUCCACACCGAGUCCGAAGCUGUUGACAGUGCAGAGAGUGAAGUGGGUUCUAUCAAUGAAAUCAAAUCUGAAACAAACGAUGAGGAAAACAGUGAAGGUGACGCCCAUGUCCCAGGCCACAGUGACGCUGCUCCUGAUGAAUCUGAAUCCACCAACAGUCCUGAUAGUGGUUCCAUGGUGUACUCGACCUCCACCGAUGGCCUUUACGAUGGUCUGUACGAUGGUCAACAAAGCUUGUCUGAGUCAGAGCAGCCUUCAGAGCUGCUAUCAGAGACUGCAGACAUGGACUCGUGCAGUGACAACACUCCCAUCGAUAUUUCUGAAAGAGAUUCUGAGGAUGAAACUCAGACGGUCGUGGAGUACGAGGGCCCAGAGACUGAAGGAGAAUCUCCUCCUCCCACUCUUGAUGCUGGUCAUUCAGAGCUAGUACCAGACAGGACAGAAGAGGAGGAGCUGAAUGGAGACUUACGAGAAGCUGAGGGUUUAGUUGAACCAGACAGCUCUCCAAAUGACAAAAUCAAUGAUGCAUCAGACACUGAAGAGAGUCCUUUGGAAGCUGUAGUUCAGUCCGAAGGUUUAGAUGAAGAACAAAACAAGACGUCAGAGUUUGCAGAGCUGACUGAUGAAUCACACGCUGAACUGUCUUCUGCAACAGAAGAGAUCAACACGAUUGACAUGUUGGAUUCACCAGAUUCUCCAAAAGAAGGUACUGAAAUCAGUUCCUCUAUCAAACAGGACCACAAUACCGAAGAGUCCGUCGUUGAAGAAGAUCCAGAACGUACAGACAUUGAUGACGAUCAACAAAGUGAGACGCCCUUCUGCCCUCUGAUGGAGCAACGGCAUGAACCCCUGAAAGACAAGUCUGAGGAUUAUCAGAGGUCCGAGGUAUCAUCUGAACUCACACUGCUGGACAGUGAUGACGAGGGUGAUGUAGACGAAGAAGGACAGUCUUUUGAUUUUGAUGAAUUAGAGAUGGAAGACGCUGUCGCAAUGAAUCUGUCGGAAGAUCCCAAACAGAUAGCAAUAGUAGAGGGCGUUGAAAUCUUGUCAAAGGAAAGCCACAAGGGAAGUUUAGAUCUGUCCCAAAGCAAUAUUGAUUUAAUGGAAAAUACUGAUCCAGGUGAGGGAGGUCACCGAGUAGAUAAGCGACAUGAAGAGUCGGACGCUGUAAGUCAAGACACCCAAAACUCUUGGGUUCACGGGGAUGCUUCCUCUGAAAAUCUGGUAGAGGAGCAGGUGAACAUUCUGGAAGAAGUAGGCGUGACAGAGGAGCCCAGGCGUGUUACAGAGAAAGGAAAGGUAUUAAAAGUUGGCGUUGUUUCAGAGAAACUUAACCAGGCCACGUCUCUACCUUUAGAGGAAGGAUUAGAUGCUGUUCAGCAUGAGUUAAAGGAAGAAGAUUCAGUUUCACUCAAGAGUUGGGACCUAGUGUCAAGCAACACAGAGUCAGUGCAGACAGGCAGAAAUUCAAGGAAGGGCAGCAAGAAAGGCAAAGGCAAGGGCAAAGAGGACUGUAAGAUGUCAUAGCGUAUUCAUAGUAUUGAGUAUAGAUGAUGAAUCUUUCUAAUCUUCCCUUCACUAGUUCUUGCUUUGCUGUUUACAAAGUGCUAAAUUAAGUUAGUCCAAAACCCUCACAGCACUUUCCGCGAUGAAAAUUGAUGUAAGUUUGUAAAUAAUUUCAAUGAAAUCAACACCGAGUCCAAGAUCCAAAGAUGGAGAAAAACAAUCAUUAAUGUAGAGACGAGAAUGUAAACUGCCUGGUGACGAGAUAUUCUAGUUUAGGAAAAUACUGCACUCGCUUGUUUUGUUAUGAAUGCACAUAUAUCAUGUUGGCUGUAAACUUGGGAUGAAUAAUGUUCUACACUGGUUUCAGAACACAUUACUCAUUCAUGUAUUAAUUCUAAAGAUGCACUAUGAGAAAAACUCGUCAAUUUGGAUUCUGGUAACUGAAAAUUCAGGCUCCGACAUGUUGAAAAUCAAAAAUGUUUGCAGACCCUUUUCUGUUCUUUUCUCUGUAAGAACUUUAUUUUUCAUUUAAAGUUGUCAAAGAUUUUCAGUUAAAUUAAAACUCUGUUAAGUGUCUUUUGCCAAAGUUGAGUUCAUUGAAGUGUGCUUGACCGUUUGGCCCUGCAAUGACGGCUAAAGCAUUUGCAGUAUUCUUAUAUUGUUACAGACAGAGUUAAUCUUCACCUAUCUGUAUGAUGUCACAGACUUAUGUUACUGACUGGGUGUUGAGUUAACAUGACCUGAGAAAAAUCACAAGACUGUACAUCACUUGGAAGACAUUUGUCAGCCGGUUAAAAACAACAAAAAACAAUAAAAAGAUCCAUUACGGUUAAUCAUUGAAGAUCCUGUGAACAACCUUGGGUUUUAGUCGAUUUUGGUGCCACAUGUAGACCAACUUUUUUUUUUGUUUUAUAAAAACAUAAGAACCUCUUUAUGACAAAAAAUGUUGUCCUCCUUUUUUUUUUUUAAAGUCCUAUAUAUUGGGCUAUUGAGGUUAAAAAAACAUCCUAACUUUUUACUCCGAUCAUCAUAGGACCAGCCAAAGACAACCAAAACUGAGAUCUUCAAGGUUGCUACUUCAAACAAAUCUCCAUGUACAAGGACUCUGAAUUCUAAUGCACAGAAAAUGUGUAGUUAUGUAUGUUUUUUCUUUUGUUGCACUUCAUGGAAAAGAUGAAUGUGGUGCAUCUGCGUCCACACUGAAAUUCCAAUAAACACCCUGCUGUUCCAGA